AUAAACGUUUGUAUAACAUUCUGGAAGCACCGCCCACUCUGUGUUAUGCAAGUUUAAUGCUACUAUAUAAAUACUACAUAUACACUUGUGGGGAUGCGACCUUGACAAAUUUGUGUGUGUGGAUACUUUAGUUUAUUUUUUACGCAGUUACAUAUUUUCAAUCAGUCAUGUAUUGGUAAGUUCAAAAUACAAGUUUGAUCAUAAACUCCAGUUUGUAUAACAUUCUGGAAGCACCGCCCACUCUGUUAUGCAAGUUUGAUACUAUAUAAAUAGAAAUGUAUGUACCGAAGAAUAGGAGCUCUCCGAGUCUUUACCUCAGCCUGGUAAUCUGACAACCUACAAUGGCAAAGCAUGACCCUUGGCGUAUUAUUGUAAUGGUCUUUGCCUUGGUGGCCUUCAUUAUUAUGUUGGGUUUCAAUGCAAUGGCAGGGACCGGUAGCUCAGGUGGUCCUUUUAUGCAAAAUACAGGGAAUGUUUCUGCCAAGUAUGAAACUGAUAUUACACCUUCAGGUUGGACUUUCUCCAUUUGGGGAGUCAUCUAUGCCUGGCAAACACUUUGGUUUGUUUAUGUUUUUGCUGGCUUUUGCAGAAGGAAUGCAGAUGGCUGGAUGUACUGUGAACCUGCCAUCUUACCCUAUGGGUUCUAUGUCACCUGGAUUAUAAACAACAUCUUUAAUAUCAUCUGGCUAUUCCUGUGGGACAGAGAGUAUAUGGUAGCAGGGGUUAUUAUCCUGGCACUGAUUACUUUUACCAAUUACAUUGUUCUGUUCUUCUCUUACCAUGGCCUAAAUACUUAUUUUGCCUGGCUAAAUAAGUACUACAAAGUGGAUCUUUGGCUCAUCCGAAUACUGGUACAAAAUGGAGUGGCUGUCUAUACAACCUGGACAACGAUAGCAACGCUUCUUAAUCUUGCUGUUGUUUUAACAUACAAUGGAGGGGUGUCUAGAGAGACAGCUGGAACUGUAGUCCUGUCAGUUCUCUUGGUCGAGGUCAUUCUAUGGUUUAUUGCAGAAAACUUCUUCUUGGAUAAGUAUGUGAGAUACACCCUGACAAUCUACCCUGUUGUCAUAGUGGCUUUAUGUGGAAAUAUGACAAAGAACUUCAAUGCUGAAUCACCUAGCCGAAAUGGAAUCUUUAUUGCUGUGCUGCUGGGAAUUUCCUGUUUAAUUUUCACACUGCGAGUCUUGUUGGUGGUAUGGAGGCAUUUUACACACGACGUACACCAGCUCUCAGACUCGAUACCAGUGUCACCCAAGGAGAUCUCAGAAAAGAAGAAGCGGAUAUUUGUUUAAAACUGAUGUGUAUUGGCUUGUCCUGCUCUAGUAACACUUGCUCAUGUGCUCUGAAUACUAACAAAGGCACAAUCCAGUCGCCCUGCUGUGUGCCAUGAUAGAUACAACUCCUUGUUUUCAGCAGGGUUUUAGGCCCUGAAAGAUUAAUUUAAAUUGCUACAGCAAAUAUUAUUUUAUUCAAUUCAUCAAAACAGUGCUGUGUGUAAUCAUGACAUUUUCUUAACUUUAGAAGUGGUAUUGUUUAAAUAUUUAGUCUGAUUUUAACCCUUUAUCAUAUUGAAUUAGACACUGCACUUGUGUGCAUUGUUCAGCAUCAUUUGUAUGCCAGACAGUGCUUUGCAAGUAAUUUCAAGAGUAAUUUUAAAGAUACCUAUUUAAGUUGUAGUUUCAUGUGGGGUUUUGGGAAAUGCAUGUCAAAAUAGGUUGAAAGCCGCUGCAGUAAACCAUAAAAAUUUUCUUCAAACCCAAGUACUACUGUUAUCAGUAAACUAACCCCUGUUCAGUAUUGUGUGGCCUUGAACUGAAGUCGAUAAAGCAGUUCACGUUUUCCAGUAGUUUUAUUUACAAAUAUUGUAAGUUAUUCACAAACAAAAACCCCCACAGAUAACUAAACAAACUUUUAUUUUUGUAAUUCCCUAACUAUAACAGGACAGUUUAGCUGUUUCCCUCUAAAGAUUUUUAAUCCACCAACCAAAACCUGGGAUUGCAGGCUGCUAUUUGUUAUAGUAACACUAUUUCACUGUGUGGGGAAUAAGGCUGUUCUCAACCAGAGAUUAACAUAUAUUCCCUCUCUUACCUUGUCACGUUCUAUAAUAUGCAAUGCUUUUUAAGAUUCUUUUUGUAUUAGGUUAUUGAACUCCCAAUGAUACAAUCAAAUGUUAAGUUGUUCUCCUGGUGCAGGUUUAAUUUUCUUUAGUUCAGAUUCUUAUUUAGUAUAGUUUUAGGAGUCUAUUCCCUUAGUACAAACCAAACAGCUGUAUUACAUAUGUACCUGAUGAACUGAAAUCAUAUCUCAAUAAAUUAUUGAAGUCGGGUGUAGGUACUUGCCCUUUGAAAUAGUAACCUUAUUAUGAAUGACAAUAUAGGCAGAUACAUGCAAAGUUUGAUAUGACUUCAACACAUCUGUUCUCUAGGGUCCUAUUGAGGGUGCUCUGCUGCAUAUGGUAAAGAACGUUUGCAUUGUGCCUUACACUCAUAUCACAAUUGCCCUAAAACAUCUUUUCUAGUCCCAUAAAUGUAAAUAUAUAAAUAAAUGCAUUAAGGUAUCUUUAGACAGGUAUUUGAUAACUAUCACAUAGUUAAAAUUAACAAGCAUGUCAGGGAUAUUAUUCUCCCACCAUGGCUGUAAAUACAGAACUAGAGGUAAAGUAGCAGGUACAUGAAAAAGUAGAUGCAUCCCCACCAGUAAAAUCUAAAUAAUUGUUCCAGUUUAGGUGACAUUUCCCUAUCAGAUAACUUUUGUAUUUGAUCCUUUGUGUAUGACUAGUGUCUUAUGAUGACUGAAGCUUUUGUUCUAUAUGGGACAGUGUUCCAGCUUUACAACACAAAUUAUACACACAGACUGAUCUAGUCUUGAAGUUGUGCAGGUUUGUGAUAUGAAGUUGUGAUAACAGUCAGUUGCCACAGCAAUUUCGGUAAAAAAAAAAAAUAAAUAAGUACAUGCAAUUACCGGUAGAUAUUGUGGGGACGCAGCCAUUAACUAAGUUUGACAGGGCUGGCCUUUUUAUGUCUGUUUAAAGAGUAGGUCUGAAAUAGUUGGUUUUGCUGCAUUCCACGUGCAGGCGGAUGGUGCAUUCAAUUACCUUGCAUACGGCUCUUUAUUUAGUCUCUCCUCUUUCACGUAGCUGGCAGUCCCCUCCAGACAUCAGUGCCUUACACUUGGUGCUGUUCUAAUUGGGUGUCCAGUGAGAGGUGCUGCAACUCUAAACCAGCCAAAUGGCAGCCCAGAAUCCUCAACUGAUCUCCCUCCGGGGUUUGUGAGCUGAAUCAGAAGCAAUACUUAAUUGACUCUUUUAUAUGUGUUCUGAUUGUUGGGCAUUUUCAUUUUGUAAGACCUGUGCUUAAGCAGUUUGUUUUUGAUUCCUUGAAAUGUGGGAGUUUUAACCUGAGUUUCAACAUUGCAAAAUAGGCCGAAAUGAAAAAUAAGGAAAUAAGUUUGCACCUAACCAUCAGUUUGAGUUAUUUUCUCUGGUCUGUACUGUGUACUAGUAAACUGUCAAAUUAUAUGUUUUUAUGAUACAAAUCAAAGUAAGAUUUACAGUUGUUUACAAAUGUUUUUGAGCAAAACGUAGCAGAUAUUAGUUGCAGACGAAUUCAAGAGAUGUAGUUAAUUUAAGGACAGGAAAAAAAUAUUAACAAAUGUUGUGUUUUUUAUAUAUGUUGUAUUCAAUGUAAAUCUUCGGCUCUACCUGUCAUGACCUACUUCCAUUUCACAUAUAUUCUUCAAAGCAAUAGCAAACAAGUUUGUACUCAGCUCUGCAAUAGAUCGUUGGUUCUACCCGUCCUGAGAAAGUUUAAACAGGAUUGGACUAGUAUUCUAAAACUUUGACUUGGAUGUUAAUGUUUUAAUCCAUAUAUAUGUGAGCUAGUUCACCUGUGUGACAUUGACCUCCAUCAUCUAUUUAGACUGUAAGAAACCGAGUGUGAAAGAGAGACUGAAAACGUCUAUUGGAUAAAGUGCAGACAUAUGUGUUCCGUAACUUAAAGUUACAAAUUCAGAUUUUGUUUAUUUUAUUUUUUUUAAUCAAAACAAGUUAUAUCUGCGCAUUCUUAUUCUUAUUCUGCCCAGUCUUAAGAAAAACAAGGAAGAUAUCUUUAGCGUGUCAAGUACAAUAUAUGUCACUCAGCAAAUGCCAAUCGUUGCAAUUGAAUAGACACAGCAUACAGUCAAGUGAUUCCUGGAGACAGGCUCCAUUCUUGCUCAGACAUUAUGAACAUGCCAUUGUUCAUAGAAUACACUGAAGUUCUGCAUUAGUGCAGCAUCCCCCACAGUAACUCACAUGCUGCCAAGAAUGGGCUUUUCAAGAUAUCUUUUGUUUGUUUCCAUAAAAACAACAUUUGGAUCAUCCUUAAUGCUUCUUAGCCUUGCUACAAGUUCAUUGUAAACACAGCUGCAGAAUAGGGAUCUUGGGUUUUCAGUAUUCCCCGGAUUCUAAGCAUAUGCAAACUAUGACUUAAAGCUCCAAGGAGCCAAUCUUGUAUGUCCUUCUGUACCUAGGUAUUCUGGGGCAGUCACCGUAACAAUUUUAAAUUGUGUGGGAAGUUUGUUCAAAAAUGAAAAGGAUAGGGAGGAAAAGUAGUGCCCAUAAAAUGAUAUUGCACAGCAUUACAAAGGUAGUGCUGUUCUUAUUAACACAACUUGUAGUUGGACAAUCUCUUAUGUUUGUCAAAGACUCAUUUCAUGCCCUGCACUGCACUGCACCACCCGUAUAACAUAUACCAAGACAUACACUGUGAGUCAAACAGACGUGUACACCUAAGAGUGGGCGAGGUUACUGGACCAUCCAGGGCAGAUGUGGUAUUGAAGCGCAGACAUAGUGUGGGGCCAACAUAAUGACCCGUCACUAGUGCAUGCUUGGGGGCAGGUCUGGUCUAUUGAAGGUAAGGAUAUUAAUGGCACUGGGGCGCUAGUAUAACCACACAUCAAUAUCAAAGGGCAAUUACUAUAUAGGGUAAACCUAGCACUAAUUCGAACCUUUCGACCAGGAGACAAGGUAAUGCUGCUGCUUCCCUCAUCAGAAUCGAAACUGUGUGCUAAAUGGCAGGAGCAAUAUGUUGUGAUCCGGGCUAUAGGGAAGGUGAAUUAUAAAAUUACACAGCCCGAUUGCCAUAAUGAACGUGAAAUUUAUCUUGUAAAUUUAUUAAAGCCCUGGCAGGCAAGGGUGGUCUUGUUUAUAGCCCCAGGCAAUAUAGAGGAUAAUUUAAGCCCCUGUCCAGAGACCCCUAGCACAAAAAUCAUUUCACUGGAUGAACAAUUGGUUCAAGAUCGGCAACGGGAGCUGCGCAAGCUUAUUGAAGUUCAGCGAUGUUUUUUCUGACUUGCCCUGCAGAACUAAUUUGGUUGAAUAUGACAUUAUCUCUCCACCAGGUGU